AUGUAUAAGGACAAUAAUGUCCAUAGUGAUUGUAAAGUUGAUAUAUUGCACGACGAACUUCCGAAAAAUCAACAAAACGGAACGCAACCUCGCAUUUUUAUCAAGAAGUGCGCAAUCGGGGUCAUGAUUAACACUUUGUUGGCUUCGAGCUACUGUCCAUCGUCCAUUGUUACUGUUAUUUCCAGUAACGUCCUAUGGAGGUUAGAAGACCAAAGGAACAUGGGAUCAGUUAUCAAGAUGGAAACUCUGCAAGAUCGAGCCCGGAGAAAAUCCCGGACUUCCCUUAAAAUCUUCAAGGAAACUCACCGCAUCGUACCGGAGCCGAGAACGAAACGGCGCGGCGGGAGGGAGAGGAAGGGAGAAAGGGAAGAGAAAAGCAUUGCUACAGGCGUCAGGAUGAAGGGUACUGAAAGAUUCUUGGCGCAGUUGUGCUCGCUCCCUUGUACCGUUCGCUUCACCAAAGCAGCAGCCUCUAUUCAUCCCCCGGUGCGCAUCGUCGUCGGCGUGAGUGAGACGACCGCAAACUCGCAAAUCGACGACGGCCAGAAAGAGCACGGUGGAGCCCCCAGAGCAGCGUGA